AUGAAUCUUAAAGGUGUAGGACUUAUUAACUAUUUGUACAUUAUAGUCUUAACUCUUGGUACUUGGAUAAAUGUUAACGUUUUUUCAUCUAUUCUUUGGUUUGGCAUCCUCCUUUAUAUUUAUAAUGUCUUCUGUGUUGAUGACAGAGGAACGAGAUACUUUAAAAACUUGAGAUUUUUAAUUGUGUUUCUCAUGUCUUUAACUAGUUUGAUAUUAAUAUUUCAUAGUUAUAUUUUAUAUGAAUAUCUUUCUAGUAAUGAUCAAGACACAUACUACUUAGAAGUCUCAAAUAUUGGGUUUGAAUAUGGGAAGAACACUAACAUUAUGCAGGAAACCAUCAUCAAUAUAGUAUUAUCGUUUUUGAGCUUCAUUAUGAGUAUAAUGGUCUUUAUACAAAUUAACAAAUAAGAGGACAUAUUUUUAGGGAAAGGUGAAGAUUUUAGAUCUUCUACUAGGAAAACUGUGAAUAAUUAAAAUACAUUUUAAACUCUUGUAGCAAAAUAUGAAUGGUCAUAAACUUUAAUAACUAUUUCAAUAGUUAUUUUAGUUAUAGCUACUGUUUUAAUUGAUGGUGUCUUUGGAGUUAUUUAUAGCAUUAUCCUUACUUCUUGGCUGCUUACAAAACUAAAAAAUAAAGGAAAUGAAUUACAACUCCAAAUAGAUAUAGACAAAAAGUACUUAACCUUCCUUAAGUAUUUCUCACUUUUGACUUGUUACUGCUGCAUACUUUGGAAACUUAAUGUAUUUGUACGUAAAUAUAAAGGGAUUGUUUAUAUUAUUAAUGGUUAUGUUACAAGCUAUACAGUACUUUUUAUUACUUCUUUCAUAAUGGAACUACUGCUGUUUAUGCUAUCAGUUUAUGCUUACGAUUUGCUUUCUCAAAUUAAUUCAUAACAUAUAUCUGCAAUAAAGCUCAAAUAAGAGAAAAGCAAACUAAACUCCUCAAUUAUAAAAACCUUUUUGACAUCUAACUAUUUUGGUAUUGUAACAGGUUUAUGCUUCAUUUGGUCUAAUAUCAUUCCAUCCCUCUUGAUGUUCAUACCUCUACUAACCUUGCUGAUUGGUAGUGUGAAUAGAAAACAUAAAGAUGCUAAGUUAAAUACAGCUAUCAUUAUCAAUUACUUUUCUUAUAUAUUUUUAGUUGUAAUCGCCAUCUUUAAUAUACCUUUCAUCUUCAAAUAUGUCACUGGUUCACUUCUCUUUGAUUUACUAGGUUUACAUAGUUAUAAUGAAGAAGAAAAUGGUGUAGAUGGCUUUUUGGAUAGAAUGGCGUACUUGAGUUUAUAUCUCAUUACUAUUGGAUCAAUAUAUUACAUAACUUUGCUUAAGAUUUACGAUAAGGAGAGUUAAAAAGAACAUUAUCAUCUUCUUGCAUAAUAACAAGCAUUACAUCAGAGCAUUUUAUCUAGUCAUCAAAGCUAAUAACACUCUAUUUCAUUAAACUAGCCAAGUGAAUUAACUCUGCCUCCUCAAAGAGCUGAUGAUGAUAAUUUUGUAGAUAUCAAUUAGCAUUAAGAUUAAAUUAAUUAACACUCAAGACACUUAGAAUCAGAUCUUAGAAGCUCAUAACUGAGGUAAGGAGAAAGUGUUAACGAAUCACAAUUAACACAACAAAAUAAUAAUCUGAAAAAACAAAAGAAAAAAACUAAAUCCAAAUUUAAAUUAGCUUUGUCAGCUUUUUGGAAAGAAUUAAAGAGAACUUCACUUCUCCAUUUAGAAAAAUUGAAUGUGUUUUUGAUAUUCGCUGUAUCUAUAUAUAAAAUAGAUGUAAUUCAUUCAAUUUAUAUGGUUGCUUUCAUUUCUUUAGUUUUCUCUCAUAUGAAAUAUUGGAGAAACAUACUUAGAGCAAUAAUUGCCUACUCUUAUGCAGUUAUUAUUUUGCAUUACAUUUUCACAGUAUUAUACGAGGCAAAAGCUAUCAAACAGGUAUCUCAAACCUGGUAAAUAAUAGGUGUUAAUGAAAAGCCAACAGCUGAAACCUUCUUAACAGUUCAAACUUUUGAAAUAGUAAUUGUAUUAAUAUUCACAUAUUGCUAGGCAAAUAUUGUUUAUGUUACUGAUACGUACAAUAUUUAUAGACAAUAGUCUAUUGAGCUUGAAGAAGAGGCAACAACACUUUAAAGAAAGUAGUAAAUCAUAAAAUAAAUGGAUUUCUUCAGUCGAUUUUUCAUUUCAUAUGGUGUUUGGGUGUGUUAUAUUAAUUUACUAAGUGUUGGUCUAAUUCCACCUGCCAAUAUACUCAGUUUAGGAUAUUUGAUAUUCCUUUAGCUAUUUAUUUCUUUUACUAUGUACGAAAACCAUGAAAGAAGAGCACUAAGUAAAAUUAUGAAAGGAUGGCCUUUGUUAGUCUUUAUCAGUAGUUUCAUUUUGAUUGUUAGAUAUUUAUCUCUGUUCUCAGCAUUAAAUAAUAUCCUACAAAGUAUACUUCCAUCAAAGAAGGUUAUAGAAGAUAUUGGACUUUCAAACGAAAUGAAUACCCUUUAAAUUUGUGGAAAUGCAUUUAUCCUUUUUAUUUUAAAUGCACAAAAACGAUUGAUAGAUGCAAAAAUUUACGAAGAAGAACAGAGUGAUAUUGAAUAGUAAGAUAAUUAAUCAAACGACCUUGAAGUUGAUUUGAAGAAUCAUAGAUACUUUACUUACCAAAUUUAUGCUUUAAAAAUAAAAUUUUUAAUUCUUUUAUCCACUCAUUUCAGUAAAUUGGUGCUUUUCUAUGGAUUACUUUUGAGCAUAUUGCAUUCUAGCUUUGCUGGAGUAUUGGCUUGUUUUGCACAAAUGCUUAUAUUCCUAUGGGGUAGAGAUACAUAUUGGCAAAGAGUAUGGAUUCCUCUUUGGCUCAUUUCUUUUGUAUUCUUAUUAUCGUAAUAUCUCUUUUAGCUCCACAUUAUCGGUGACCACUUAUCAGAUGCUGAGAAGUCUUGGGCAGGAGUUUUCUCGAUAAAUUCAAGCAGAUAUUGGGUGUUUUUAAUACUUUAUAUUGUUCAACAAAUUCUUUGCGUUUUUAUGAGAAAGCUUUAGAAAUUUGAAGAGAGAUUAAGCAGUAGCUCUUAUUAAAAUUUUGUUUAAGAUUAUUAAACAGUGAAAUAAAGUUAUUAAAUUGAGAAAAAAAGAAUUGAUGAAGAAAAUGAUAAAGAAUUGAUGGAACUUCUUGACUAGGAAGAAAGAGAAAAAUAUUAACAAGAGAUAUCAUUUAAGAUACAAUAAUAGAGUCUUAGUUUAUCUAACAAAAAAAGAAAAAAAGAUAUCAACAGCGAUUCUCUCAACUCUCCUUUAAAUAAAUUAAGUAAAUCAAUGAUCAGAAGACAUAAAUAAAGUGGCGAUGAAUAAAGUGAAUUAUAAAAAAGCCAAAAUAAAAUUAACUACUAAACUUAUUUAAAAUGGAAUCCAUAUAAAAAAGGAAUUGAUUUAGAAUAUGAACUAAAGGAAUUCUUUAAGUAUUUUGGGUAUGAAAUUUCAAUAUUUAUAUUAAUAGUUGCUGCAUACUUUGAAAUGAAUGCUGUUUCUCUAAUCCAUAUUAUUCUUGCUGUUUUCUUUGCUCUAUUUUCAAAUGUUAUAAAUAGUCAAAGCAUGUAUAAUCCUAAAGCUUUACUAUUUGUUAACUAUAUUUGGAGAUUUAUCAACUAUCUUAUGGUUUUAGAUAUAACUAGGAAAUAUAUAAUUUCAAUUUGGUUCCCCUAAGAUUGGAAAGUUAAUAAACCAUGGAAUUCUUGGGUUUUUACAUGCAAUAAAUAGGGUAAGGAUUCAUACAGUCCUUAUUUGAAUCAUGGUGUGGAAGAUAAAUCAGAUAUGAUAAGUGAUUAUGAUUCUUGCACUCAUGACUGGAGAUACUGGCUUUCACUUGAAGAAGAAAGUAAUCUCCAUCUGAUUUUGGAUAUUAUCAACUUUUAGAUAAUGGUUAUUUAUGAUAGAUACUUUAGAGAAAUAUACUAGCAUAAUGGACCCAAAAGAUGCCACAGCGAUAUCAAAAGCUAAGAUUAGCUUGAUUUCACUAGAAAAAAUGAUAUUUUUAGCUACUUAAAGCUAUUUAUAUUUGGGUACUUUUAUCAGAUUCCAAUUAUGAUUUACUUUAUUAUUGGUUGCUUGAGUAACAUCUCCUCAUACACCGAUAUUAUUAGCAUUGUUUAUGUCUUUACGAGUAUAUUCAUGCUUUUCAAAACCAAAAUGCUUUUAAGAGAGAAAAAUAGCAUUUGGAAAUACCUGCUUUUGUUUAACACUUUAGUCAUGGUUAUCCUAUGCCUUUAUUAAUCUCCUUUCUUUUAAUGUCCUAUUGUUUAUCCAGAUGAUAGAUACUACUUAAAUUCUGAAGAGUGUUUGUAUUUAUAAAAUUCUAAAAAAGGCUAACUUUAUAUCCUUGAAGUUUUAAAUAGAAAGGUCGAUAGCAUUGAUGAUCUAUAUAUUUUACUUUCACACAUAUUUGGUUUUAACAAGAGUCAUCAUUUCCAUUUUGGAUUCACAAAAGAAGUUUUUAUGAUUAUUUUUGUUCUUUUUGGAUUACUUUAGAAAAAUUUAUGGAAUCACCCAUAUACAUAAUUUUAUAUUGAACCUUACUUUAAAGAAGAAAAAGAGAAAUAAAAAGAAAAUGCUAUAAAUAUUGUCGAGGCUCUUCACGUUGCUAGGAUUAGUUCUAAUUUCUAACAAGAAAUGGAAUUAGAAGUUUAUGAUUCUAUUUAAUCUAGAGUUGAAAAUAAAGUAGUUAUUUGGGAAAAAAUGGUAUCCUCAGGAGAUGAAUCAAACAAUCCAAAAUUAUAAACAGAAGAAGGUUAACACCUUCUUGAAUAGGAAGUAAAUAAAGAAGAAGCACAAAUUUCUUAAGCUGAGGAGUAAUAGGAAGAAGGAUAAUAAAAAUUGAGUGAAAAAGAUUAAGAAAUAAUUAUGCAUAAAGCUGAAAAGAUUGUUUUAGAAUCUAACAUUCCAAUCCAUCUUAAAGAUGUAAUGAAAAUAUGCACCUAGUACAGUAAAGAUUAGGAAAAGCUUGAAAUUGAAAUAGAGAAUCUCAAAACCAAUAGCUUACAGAUGAUUAUUGAAAUGGUGUAUGAUAAUUAAUAUAUAGGAAUAAAUUAAUUUAAAGAUCAAAUGAUUUUGUUGCACUAAACAAGGAGAAAGCAGAUUGAAAGUAUUGCUUUAGAAAAAAAGGAUAAAGACCAAUUAAAAUAGGAGUAAGAAUAAGAUUAAGGAAAAGAUGAAGUCUAAGAGAGCUUGAAUCGUUCUGCUUAAGAAGUUUAGUAAGAAGAGAAUAAACUUUAAGAAUUAGUAGAAUAAGUUGAAAGCGUAAGUCCCUCUAAUCAAGGAGAAAAUGCUUAAAAAGAGAGUGAAUAAGAGAUGAAGCAGAAAUAAAAAAACUUUAAAAUAAUAAUUCUCAAGAUUAAGGAUUUGUUUAAGGCUAUUAAGGUUCUACUUAUUAAUAUGAUGUGCUCUAUGCUUUCAGAAUUAAGUAAAGACACAAUAAAUCUUUACAAAAAGUAGGAUUCACUUUCUUUAAUCUUUAUUGUUUUUAUGCAAAGAAAAUUCUAGCUUGUAUGUGGAUUUGCAUUCUCACUAAAUGCUAUUAAUAACGCUGAUAUUGUAUCAGUAAUCUAUCCUAUAAUAUAUUUAACUUAUUGUCUUGUUGAAAGCCCUUUUCCAACAAGAUCUUUUUGGAAACUAAUAAUGUAUUAUACAAUCUUGAUAAUCACUCUUAAAUUUUUAUACUAACUUCCAGUUUUUUGUGGUACUCCACCAUACACAUUUUUCUUACUUUCAGAUGGUUAAGAUUGCAGCACUUCAAAUAUCACUUCAGAAUAAGCCAGAACUCGUAUAGAUUUUAUUAUUGGAAUUAGGAAAUACACUGGACCAGCAAGCUAUCCAAGAGAUUAAGGAUUUUUCUCUGGUAUUUUUUGGGAUUAUAUAAUAUUACUUUGCUUAUUUGUUUAGCGUUAUUUACUUCAACUUGAAGGAAGAUGGACUUAUGUAUUUAUUUCUAAAGACGAAUGUUAUAUUCCUCAAUUCCGCGAUCCAUAGGGUGAGUAUUCUAAGUAUCAUAAGCUUCCUCUGGAUUAGUAAAUGAAGCAUUCAUUUUCUCUUGAUGGAAUUACUGAUGCAACCAUAAAUUAUUCUGAAUAUGAAAGUUAAGAAUAACAAUAGGAAGAUUAUAUUGAAGAUUAAGUUUUGUCUAAUCAAAAUCUAAACUAAGAAUAAGUAGCUGAUGUAAAUUAACAUACUAUAAACCCCAGUAACUAAGGUGAAGAAAAUUUAGACCUGAAUUAAAGACAAAGAGAUUAAGUAGUAAACAGAAAUAUAUUACAAGAUUUGAAUCAAAGCUUGGAAGAAGAAAAGGACCAAGUAGCUUCAUUACAUUAAUAAUAGUCAAAUAAUUCUUAUGAUGAACUUAUUUAGUAGGAUAAUGAAAUUAAAGAAGAAGAAGAUAAUUAAUAUUAUAGGCGUAUCAACUUUUUAAUGCUUUUCAUUUAUCGUCUUUUCCCUCAAUAUAUGCAAAACUUUUACAAGAAAAAAAUUAAAAACGAAAUCAAUUUCAACAAGUAAAAGCAGCAAUUGCUAUCAACCGAAGAAGAAAAAGAGGCUGCAUAAAUCUUACACGAUGCUAAAAUAGAGUCUUUAGAGAUGAAGGACGAAGACAUUUAAGGUACUAAGCCCGGAAGAAAUUUCUAUAUACAUUAAUUUGUUUCAUCAUUUGUUGUUUUGAUAUAUAUCAUUCUUUUCUACAACAAAAUGGCUAGCCAGUCAACUAGAGAUAUAACAAAUGAGACUCGUUUUAGUCGCUCAGUAGUUAUUAUCAUUCUUAUUUGCAUAACAAUAAUGGUUAUGGAUCGUAUUCUUUACAAGCUUCGUAGAAUUAAAUCUUAUUUUAUUGAUAUACACGAAUCUUCCGAAUAAGUUGAAGAGAGAAAACAGGAUUCUACAUAGCAUGCAGCUAUUAUAAAACUUAUCAUUCAUAUACUAAUCACAAUAUGCUCACAUAUAUACUUGUUCUUUAUCUUGCCUGAUUAAACAUAUUCAAGAUUCCAUGAAAAUUCUUACUUAAUAGUUUGCUAUAUGCUAAUCUUGGUUUAUCUUUAUUUUUCAGCUUUGUAGAUUAAGUUUGGAUACCCUCAAAUGAGUGUAGGUUCUAUAUUUUCUAGAGAUACAAGUCUUGUGUAUAGGCUAUCAUUUAUAGUAUACAGAGCACUUCCAUUUUUGUAUGAGCUUAGAUCUGUGAUUGAUUGGACAUUUACCUCUACUUCUUUGGACUUAUUCUAGUGGUUUAAAUUGGAGGAUGCUUAUGCAAAUCUUUAUUCAGUCAAAGCUGAAAUGAAUGUCAGAAAAGAAACUCAUAAAUUUGGAGAAAAAAGAGAUUUUGUAGAAAAAUGCACUAACGGUUUCUUAUUUUUAAUCUUCCUUUUAGUCAUCAUACUUUUACCGAUAUUCUUAUUCUCAAACCUGAACCCAGCUGUAGAGCUAAAUAAUCUUACUUCAGGGUAGGUUAAGCUUGAGUUUUAGGUUUUGUUGACUGGAAAAGAAUAUCAUGUAAGAAUAUAUCAAAAAAAUGGUAUUGAAGUAAAAGAUUUUACAGAUCAACAGUUUAGCACCUUUAGUGACUUGUUUUAUGCAGUUGAUGAUUUAUGGUAAGACAGGCUUUAAGUUAUAAAAAUGGAUAAAUUUUCUGAUAAAUACUAAGAGUUUAAUGAAAAUAUGAUCAAAGAUCUUGAAAAAUCCUUUAACAAUCCAGAUAUGUAAAUGGGAGUACUCAUAGAUUUUACAUUUAAUCGCCCAAAGCCAGAAGGAAAAGAGUAAGUAAGGGCAAAAUAAGUACUUAAUUUUGAUAAAGAUUAGAUGUCAAAAAUGAAAUAGAUAUUAACUGACAUGAGAGUUGAUAUGCAAAGCUAAAAAAAGGAAAAGUAUAAAGAGUAUAAAAUCUCUUUAUAUGAAUUUAUUCCUUUCUUCUAUCAAAUUCCUGAUGGUUAAAAUGCUGUUGACAGGGCAUUUGAACCAUAACACAAAGAUGAAUUAGAUAAGUAUAAUAAAUCCCUACCAUAAGAUAUGUUGUAAGAUCCUAACUUUGAUCCAAAUGUAUUAAAAUACCUUGAUGCUGAAUUAUUAUUUAUUAUGGAAGCAGGAGAAUAUUAGUGGCAAAUUAAACGCAGAUCAUCACCAUACUUUGAUAAAAUUGUUCCAAAUGUUGAUGACAGAAUAGCGUUUAUUACCUUAAGUGAAAAAACUUUUUCCUCUAUACUGAGAUCUAUGAGUGAUAAUUUGAGUGUUGUUGGUAUUUAUCUAACUGUGGUUCUCACAGUUGGUAGAUUCCUCCGUCUGUAUUUUAAUAAUGUAUCUAUGAGAUGUAUCUGGGAAGAAAUGCCAGAUACUAAUGACCUUUUCGAUCUCUGCUAAAGUAUUUACAUAGCUAGACUUGAGUAAAAUCUCAUGAAAGAAGAAAGAAAUUAUGAAUUACUAAUAAGAAUUCUGAGAUCACCAGAAAUAUUAAUGAGGCUCACCGGCAAAUCAUUAUAUGAUAUCUGA